AUGCACUCUUCUAUCUACGCAAGUAUACGUCAGCUGUAUCCCAUUUCCUCACAUGCGGCGUGCGUCGUCCAUCUAAAGAGGAACAUCAAAGCGAUUUUCAAAUUUGAGGCUCUGGGAUCAUUGGUUUCAAGCACAGCAAGAUCUUACCGACUAAUUGAUUUCAACAAACUCUUUGCGAAGAUCAACACAAUGAACAGCAAAUGUGCAGACUACCUAACGGGUAUUGGUUUAGAGCAUUGGACAAGAUCUCAUUUCGUUGGGGAUCAUUUCAACGUUAUGACAAGCAACAUCGCAGAGUCAUUAAACAAUGUCUUGACAAUGGUGCGCGAUUACCCAGUUAUAUCGAUCCUUGAGACCAUCCGGUCAAUGUUAGUUACUUGGUUUGCCCUCCGCCGCGAAGCAGCCCAAUUGGAGGAAAACAUAUUGCCACCAAAAGUUAAUGAAAUGGUAAUGGAAAAUUUUGAAAAGGGAGCAGGCUAUAAGGUGUACAAAAUAUGCGAUGGCAUAUAUGAGGUCAGGGGUAAAGACGAUUCAGGUUUCGCAGUCCAUUUGUGGGACAGGACAUGCACUUGCCGAGAGUUUCAACUACUAAUAAUCCCCUGUAGACAUGCAAUAGUUGCAGCUAUUCAAGAAGGGGUCAGAGUUGAUACCUUGGUGUGUGUUAAGCACACUGUCCCAAAUCUGCGAUUGUCAUACCAAGGCUUGAUCAUGCCAUUCCCGGAUGUUGCUAACCUAACCCCUUCACCAAGCGAUGUGGGAGGAGGGAAGCUUGCUCCACCUUUUGUUCGAAGACCACUGGACGCCUACGCAAAUCACGUAUAUUUUCAAAGGGCGAGUUUAAGCGGACUUCACGGAAACGUUGCACAAGCUGCUGUUCACUAG